AUGGCGCCCAGAAAACCCGCAGCUCGAACGAAACAGGGGAAGGGAAAAGGAAAAGCUCCGGUAAAACGAAGCGCGGUCCCAGAUGUCUACCAAGAGAUGCUUGCCGAAGCUCUGCCCUCGCACGCAGAUGUGUCGGAACGGCCUCUGAAGAAGCGACGGACGGGUCCCCGAGAUACUAAAGGGGUUGCGGGUAGUAGCUCGAGACAAGCGGAUGAGGAUGAUGGCGAUGGCGAUGAAGAUCUCGAAUUCGAGGACGUGCUGGACGAGCCUGUCAAGACGCAGCAGACGGCAUACCGAGACUCGGACGAGGAAUCGGAAGAAGAUGACGAGUUGGAAUGGGCGGGCGUGGAUUUUGAGAGUCUGCCGGGGAAUGGCGAGACGAGUGGUAGUGGGGAUUUGGAGUUGACGCUCACGGCGAACAAAACUCCUCAGCGGCCGAAGAUUUCUACGAGGCGGAGGGUGGUUUCAAAGGCUGAAAGAGUUACGCGAUUGGAGAUUCAUAGGAUGCAUAUCCUAUGUCUAUUAUCACAUGUGGAAAGAAGGAAUGAUUGGUGUAAUGAUGCGGAAGUUCAGAAAUCGCUGCGACCGCUGUUGGACAAGAAGAUGAUGACUUUUUUAAGGCCCAAGUCGGACAUGUCGCAGUUUGGGAGGGCAGAGUCGGUCAAGCGGGGGCUUGAGCAAGCUGGGAUCAUGUGGAGGAGAAAAUUCAGGGUUACGGCUAGGGGGGUAAGGAGGGCACUUUGGGCUGAUGAUGAGAAGGAUCUCCAUAAUUACAACUUGCCUGGUGACGUUGAAUUUCCUAUAGAAAAGUCGGACUUUAGAACAGCUGCCAAAACUCUGAAAGGCUCUAGAGAUCUGGGCGCACAGCUCUAUUGUGCUCUCCUUCGCAGUGCAGGCCUCGAAGUCCGUUUAGUUUGCUCUCUUCAGCCAUUGUCAUUCAGUGCAGGUGGUCCAGCAAUGUCCAAAAGCGCACCACGAGCCCCCAAACCACCUAGUCCCGAGACGAGCGAGAGUGAAGAAGAAGCUGUCAAUGUCCAAUCCUUCAUCCCAUCGUUUGGCCCAGGCCCAAGUGUUGCAGGUUUGCCAAUUUCUCCACGGCGGCGAUUAGGGCAUCCCAAUGCUGCUGAUUACAAUAUGCCUGAAAUCAGGGCUCCAAUGCGACCUCCACCAAGGCCGAAGAAGAAAGAAAUUCACGAGUCACCGUUCCCCGUCUACUGGAUUGAGGUCCUGGACGAGGCGCAUCAGAAAUGGCUUCCGGUUGAUCCUCUUGUCACCGAAACGAUCGCAAAGCCCCGAGCCUUCGAACCGCCAGGCGCAGAUCGCGAAAACAACAUGUCGUAUGUAAUAUGCUUUGAAGACGAGGGUAACGCAAAGGACAUCACACGAAGAUAUGCCAAGGCAUAUAAUUCCAAGACGAGGAAGAAUCGGGUCGAAUCUACUCAUGGAGGAGACAAGUGGUGGAGAAAAACUAUGAGCAAGUUCUCGCCGCCGUGGAAUACUGAUUUGGAUCAAAUUGAGAAUACGGAGCUAGCAGCUAGUGAAGCCAGAGAGCCAAUGCCGAAGAACAUUCAAGAUUUCAAAGACCACCCAACUUACGCUCUAGAGCGCCAUUUGAGACGGAAUGAAAUACUAGUCGCGACACGCGAAAUUGGCAAGGUAGCCGCAGGUCGGGAUACGGGGACGCCUGGGGGAAAGAGACUUGAAAAUGUGUACAGACGACGCGAUGUGAAAAUCGCGAGGAGCGCUGAUGCGUGGUAUCGUCUUGGGCGAGAUGUUAAGAUGGGCGAGCAGCCUGUCAAGACUGUUCCUGCGAAGGGGAGAGUGGACGAGGAUGUGGAUAUGGGUGGUGAGAAUGAUGAGCGGCCGGGCACGAAUCUUUAUACGGAGGAUCAGACGGAGUUGUUUCAGGCUCCGCCAGUGGUUAAUGGCAGGGUGCCUAAGAACUCAUUUGGGAAUAUCGAUGUUUAUGUGCCGAGUAUGGUUCCCAAAGGAGGAGUGCAUUUGCCUUACGAUGAAGCUUCUCGAGCCGCUCGUAUCCUAGGUAUUGACUAUGCAGACGCGCUCACGGGCUUCGAUUUCCGCGGGCGACACGGGACCGCCAUCCUGAAAGGUAUCGUCGUUGCCUCAGGAUUCCGCGAAGCGGUCGAGGAGGUGAUCCAGGGGUUCAGACACGAGCGAGAUAGGGAAAGAGAGGAGAUGCGUUCACUAGCUGCACUUCGGAUGUGGAAACGCUUUCUUGUGGGGCUGAAAAUCAAGGCGCGAGUGGAUGGGUAUGCGAUUGAGGGGGAAGGAGAUGAAGAUGGAAGUGUGCAAGAUGAGAGUGCGGCAAGUGAUGUAUAUAUCCCAGAUGAUGAUGGGGGAGGUUUUAUCCCCGAUGAUGACGAUGAUGAUGAGGGUGGGGGAUUUAUUCCCGAAUAA